AUGACCAUCAUCACACGCACCCUACCUUCAGAUAUCAAGGCUCUCGAACCCCAUGAUCUCGCGGACUCCCUUGGACAUUGUAUGGCUGAGUCAUUCUCCUUCAUGACCAAUCUUCGAAGUCUGAGGCUUGAACUUGGCUGGUUCAUGGAAAGCCAAACGCAAAAUUUCAGUGAACAACUGUCUUCCAGAUAUUUUUGGUUGCCCAAUCUUCGCUCAUUGAUAGUCUCCCCACCUUCUAUUUUGGGAGAUAUUCUGAAGCAUUGCGAUAAUGAAGUGCUCAAGACCCUGGACCUCAAGGGAUGUCUUCGAUCUGCCGAUUUUGAGGAAGCGAAGAAUAUCAAGAAUCUAGAUCGACUUCAUUUGACUUUCUUGAAACCAAAGUACAGGAGCAGUACUUGGGCUUGGGCUUGUCGCAGAACACCACUCUUGAAGACCUUGCGUGAGCCUCAAUUCUCUGGUUUGAAAUGGUUGACCGUGCACUGGAAGCAACGUUACGAGACCACAUCUGAUCUUUCUGCACUCCUCGCCAGCAAGACUCAAAUAAUGAGAGACGUUAAGACAGUUGCGCAGGCCCUUCCACACCUUGAACGCCUUGUCAUCAUAUUCCAAACACCAUGCCGUUUGGAGUCGGCCGUCUGCCAUUCGGGAAAUCCAGACAUAACCGGGUCUCUUAGCAUGGAGUUCGUCAGGAAUGUCACGAACCUGAAAGAAUUUUGGAUCGUUUCAUGUUGCUUUGUCCGUAAAGCUUACUCUGGCCCCGAUGGAGAAGUUGUUUCCUCCAUCGAACGCAUCAUAAAUAUGGACCCCGAAGACCCAGUCAUUCCCUGGAGCCGCUACAGGGAGUGA